AGAAGCAAGGCCAGCAGUUUAAAAUUUGUACCGAGAGUCUGGCCAAGCUUCCAGAAUUAUUAUUCCGAACCGACACAUACUUUUACUGUUCCAGUUUGCCACCGUUUUUGCAUUGCUAUUUGAUUAACGUUUUAUAGCCGGACUCUUCAAUUAUAUAUAACCUGCAAAGUGACAUUAUGUAUUGCUGUACUUUCCCAACAUCCGUUGUGUGGGCAUGUGCUGGCUUACUUCUUUGUUGGGCUGUAUCGGCAGACACUUCCGCUUCCGAUGUCUCGCCUGCCGAAAACCCAUCACCAGCCAAGCCAACCUUCACGUACAUUCAGUAUUACGAAUCUGGAAUUGUAUCGUAUAACCAGGAGAAAUGGUUGGCUUGCAUCGCUUAUUUCAAUGAGGCCGUAAAACAGUAUAAAAUCUACAAAGACAAAACCAUCUCGUGUCGGCGAAUAUGCAACGAAAUACAGUCGGAUCGGGAAGCGGUCACCACUGCCAACGACACGGAGAAUCGCUUUCUGGAAAUAGCGAUAUCGAAGACCUUGUGUCUCCUACGCUGUCGGAAAUCGGAAUUGGGAGGUGUCCAGCUGCCGUAUGCACCGCAAGUCGACGAAGCAAUCGAAGAUUUAAUGCCUUACCAUUACAUGCAAUUCUGUUACUUCAACGCUGGCAUGAAAGACAAAGCUUUAGCCGCUGCGUACACUUUUCUUCAUGCGCAUCCAGGUCACGAAGUCAUGCAGCACAACAUCAAUUUCUAUAUGGAGCAGCUUACAGAAAAGGGAGCCGAUACUACCAGGGAAAAUCUCGAAUCCAGAACAUACCAAGAGGAAUUCCUUAAGGGCAUCGAAGCCCAUGAUUCCAAGGAUCACCAGGGUGUCGUGGAGCACAUGGAGAAAGCCUUGGAAGCGUAUCUGGAAGCGGAAGCAGACUGCCGUGCCAUGUGUGAAGGCCCCUUUGACCAAGACGGAAUGCUGUCCGACAAAUACAUCGCUCUGGCCAAUCAUAUGACGUACUCGUUGAAAUGCCGCCGGAGGUGUUCGGUGCGUCUGCAGCACUUUGAUGGAUACGGUAGCCAUCCUGGUAAUUUUGUGGUGCGGUGCUAUGUAUACUUGGCUCAGUCGUACGAGAAGCUGGAAAAACUAACUGAAGCUUGUCAAGCUGUGGCGUCGGUUCUCUUGUUAGAUCCCAACAAUGAAGCAAUGGGCCGACUGCACAGUGACCUUUUUGGAUUGUCAAGCGUUCAUGCUGACAAUUUUAUGCCACGUUCAGAAGCCACACAUUACUACCGACACGAUAAUACUGAUAUGAAGAUGCUGCAGAUGAUCGACAAUGAGUUUGCCAAUUUCUUUCGAGAAAUCCAAAAUAUGCCAGGAAAGCAGUCCACGGCUACUGACACAUCGCCGGCAACGGAUGCGGCUACUUCGCCUUUAAAAAGCAGUAUUGUGGUAGCUGCUUCGGAUGUAGACAAGAGCGCAAACUCAGGAGAUCUGGACAAGAAUACCGUGGAUAUUGAAAAGAAUCCCAUAGAUGCACAAAAGUCCUGACAAAUGACAAUAUCUUGUUAACGAUGUUUCUUCGAAAAUAAUUAUCAUUACAUUUUUUGCUAAGAAAACUUACUUUAAGAGUUGCAAGAGCUUAAUCGAAAUAUAAAUACUGAUAAUGGGUCAAAAUACGCAAAUUACCAAUGCGUACAGAUGUAAAUUGGCCCAUAUUGCUCGCCGCACUGUUCGAGUGUGCUGGUGGUGAUAAUUUGCUUGCCUGGAAGACAUUAGCACUGCCGUAAUUAUUUUCCUAUUCCAGGUUUAUUAAUUUGCAUUACUCUGCAUUUGCAUAUUAUUAUGCAGAAAAUUUUCUUCAUUUGGAUUUACAGGAUAAAAAACACGUUAUCG